GUGUUUAUAUAUGUAUUAAUAAUUCUCUAAUUUAAUCUGUAAUUAAAACCGUUCAACUCUUUCACAAAACAGUGAACAUAUUUUAAUGUUGAUUUUAAUUAUUGCACAAUGACGUCUGCUUCGUCUAGUAGCGCGCGUUCUUUAUUCGCAGAGUCAAAACAAAGGCUCGCUGAACGAGUACAAGUGAAUAUGAAUAAUAUAUCUUCGCUGGCACGACAAAUACAACGAGGAUCGAAAUCCAAUGAGCUCCUGUCAAAGGCAUCAAGAGACUUUGCAGCAACCGAAAACCUCAUGGAGAGUAGUGAAGAGAAUCUAAAGAAGAUGCACCUAAUAUCAGUUCACAUGGGCUAUCAGUUUGAGAACAUAAACAAGUCUGCUCAGAUGCUGGCACAGAUCAAUGAACAAAUUGCUGCUAUGCAGAGAUGAUGAACAUUUUUCUAUUGCUAGUGGACAUUCUAAUACAUAAACAGUACAAAAUUUACUUUCAAACAAAAUACAGUUGGCUUACUGUUUUAUCAUGACUAUGCCAA